AUUGCUCUGUCACUCAGAACAACAACUUCAGAAAUCACAUGGAGAAAAGGAUGAUUCUGGGGAUCCUCACUCUGACCACCAUGAUGGGUCCCUCUGGUGGUGAAGACAUUGUGGAUCACUUUGCUUCCUAUGGCAUAAAUGUCUACCAGUCUUAUGGUCCCUCUGGCCAGUUCACCCAUGAAUUUGAUGGAGAUGAGGAAUUCUAUGUGGACUUGGAGAAGAAGGAAACUGUCUGGCGGCUGCCUGUGUUUAGUACAUUUGGAAGUUUUGACCCACAAGGUGCACUGAGAAACUUGGCUAUAGCAAAACAAAACUUGAACAUCCUGAUUAAACUCUACAACUAUACCACUGCUACCAAUGAGGUUCCUGAGAUGGCUCUGUUUCCCAAGUCUCCUGUGAGUCUGGGUCAGCCCAACACCCUCGUCUGUCUUGUGGACAACAUCUUUCCUCCUGUGAUCAAUGUCACGUGGUUGAAGAACAGGCACUCAGUCACAGAAGGUGUUUCUGAAACCAGCUUCCUCGCCAAGAAGGAUCAUUCCUUCCUAAAGUUCAGUUACCUCACCUUCCUCCCUUCUGCUGAUGAUAUUUAUGACUGCAAGGUGGAGCACUGGGGCCUGGAUGAACCACUUCUGAAGCACUGGGAACCUGAAAUUCCAGCCCCUAUGUCAGAGCUGACAGAGACUGUGGUCUGUGCCCUGGGGUUGGCUGUGGGCCUUGUGGGCAUUGUGGUGGGCACAGUCUUCAUUAUCCAAGGCCUGCACUCAAGCAGUGCUUCCAGACAUCAAGGACCCUUGUGAGCCGCACCCUAGAAAGGAAGGAGCACCGCAUGUCCGCCGACCAGAGCAGAAGAGUGGACUUGAUAGGUGACCUGGCACUAUUGCUUCGUCUAGCUCACCGUAUUCCUUCUCUCUCCAAUGCUCCUCCUCUCACCUCUUUUCUGGAACUUAAGGUCCUCCUAUAUCCUCUGAGAGCUCACAUACCCUUUGGAAUUCUGUCCCUUGAAUGCCUGAUUUUUUUUUUUUUCUUUUCUCAGUUGUUACCUACAGUGAGCUGUCUGGGUUAUUCCAUCCAGUUCCCUGAUUCUUUGUAACCCUGAUCCAUUAUUCCCGUGGAAAUAAUAAAUUUCCCUUUAUGAGA